AUGACACCAUUCUUUUUUUUUCUUUUCUUUUCUUUUCUUUUUUCUUUUUUUCUUUUUUUCUUUUCUUUUUUCUUUUCUUUUCUUUUUCCUUUUCUUUUUCUUUUCUUUAUCUUUUUUUCUUUUCUUUUUUCUUUUCUUUUUUCUUUUUUCUUUUCUUUUCUUUUUUUCUUUUCUUUUUUCUUUUUUUCUUUUCUUUUUUCUUGUUAUAAAUAUAAACAUUUCUUUCUUUCUCCUUUCUUUCUCCUUUCUUUCUUUCUUUCUUCUUUCUUUCUUUCUUCUUUCUUUCUUUCUUUCUUUCUUUCUUUCUUUCUUUCUUUCUUUCUUUCUCCUUUAUUUCUUUCUUUCUUUAUUUCUUUCUCUUUUCUUUCUUUCUCCUUUCUUUCUUAUGAACAAUUUCAACAAAAUGUAUUUCACGUCGUCAAACCGUCAUCACUAGUUAACGUGAAGAAGGUUUGGGUGCCCGAGAUCCGAAAAUAUUGCCCAACAACACCAAUUGUCCUCGUUGGAACCCAGGCUGACAUGCGGUACCUGUAUAACACAGAGCUUUAUCGAAACUUGGAGAAAGGACUUUUAUAUAGGCCUAUUGAAGAAAAAGAUAUCAUAUCUCCACAGCAGGGUCGGGAUAUGGCCACUGAAAUUGGUGCUGCCUAUUAUGAAGUAAGCAUACUUACAGAAUUUGGUAUCGAGGAUGUAUUCCAAAAUGCAAUCCGUGCUGCCCUAACAGAUCGACGCAAAGUCAGGUUUUGGGACAGCCAGCUACGUAAACUAAAGCCCCCAAUGAUCCAACCUCCUAUGGAACUGCCACAACCCAGCUACCCCAAGGUGACAGUACCAUCGGCUACUCUCCAUGAUGACCUCAGCUCUCUUCUUCAUAACCAGACCGAGGGGGAUGUUGUCUUCAUUGUGCAUGGUCGCUGUUUUUACGCCCACAAAAUCUGCCUCAUGGUUGCCUGCCCUGUAUUUGAAGAGUUCUUCCUGAUGGAAGUCAAGAGUCCGUCUUGUGAACAAUCAAUGCCAGACUUGCUCCCUGAGAGCAAAGACUCAGAUGACAAAGACAAACUUUUGGACAGUGACCGCCUGAUCACCGAGACACCCCCACUCACAUGCUCAGCUUUUGAGAACGUCAUGACAGAUGAACAGUCAGAAUGUGACAUUGAAAACUUUGUUCCCAGUCAUCCAGCAUUUCACUCAGUUGAGAUAAAAACAACCGGCAGUCUAUUCCAUCCGAAUCAAAAAUCAAAGCAGAUUCUUGUUACAAUGAACCCAGACAUUACUCCCGCCGCCUUUCGGUACAUUCUCGAGUACCUGUACACAGGGGGAGCUAAAGAAAAUUAUGAUAUCUUUGACGAGGUUAAAGCAGCUGCGGAAUUGCUGCAACUUUCUGACCUAAUUUUGAGCAUCCGGAAUUUUCUCUCUCGCGAAGAAUACUUGAACCUGGAGUUGCAGCGUCGAUUUAAGUCUGCCAGAAUGGCACGUUUACGAGAACUAGCCUUAGAAAGAGGAAUAGCUACAGAAUCUUCUCAAUUAUAUGUAAGAAUUUUAUGCUUUGAUGAUGGGAUGGUUCACGCCCACAAACCUCUACUCAUGGCACGAUGUGAAGUAAUGUAUGCUAUGUUUAGUGAUGAUUUCCUUGAAUCAUCAGCCAAAGUGAUCCCAUUUCCAGGAAUCUGCCAGGAUGCAUUCAAAGCCCUCCAGGAGUACCUCUACACAGGUGAGACACCAUGCAUGACAGGAUUGAACUGUAUGAAUUUAAUUGAAGUGGCCAACCGCCUCUGUUUGCCUCGCCUUGUUGCCCUUGCUGAAGAGUUUGUGGUCCAAGAGCUAAGCAAAAUGGAUGAAGCCAAUGCUGACAUUAUGGAAGAAGUUUUUUGCAUUCUGGAAACAGCUCAGCUUCACAAUGCAAUUCAACUUGCAAAAUGGUGCCUACAUUUCCUGUGUGUCCACUUUUUGGAUAUCUUUCCACAGUAUUCCAAGUUUUACAAAAAUCUCAGUCUGGAGAAUCAGGUCUACAUUAAUAGUAAUCGUUGGCCACCACAGUGUCUUGCUCCUCUUUUUUUUUCCAACUCCCCCACUUCAAUUUUCAAUUUCUUUUCCCGUUUCUACUGCAUCACACUCAUUUUCUUUCUUCUUUCUCUUCUCUUUUAUCCCACUUUUCUCUCUUUCCACAUCUUCAAAUCCCCUUGUCCACUUGUAUACUUGAAGGUGAAUAAUUAG